AUAUAGACAUGUGAUAUUUCUGGUAGAACUCUGCAGAACAGAAUUACUAGAAAGCUAGGAGUAACCAUGUAUGUGACUAGGCGUCUCUCUCAAUACAUAAAUUAUCCAGAAUAUCUCUCGAUACCACCCCAAGGUCCAAAUUCAGGUUAUCUUGUAAUCCAAGAUGAAGAAUCUGAGAUUUACUAUUGCUUUGGAUUGUGCAAAAACCGGGAACUUAUUGAUCUGCCUUUUCCACAGAACAAAAACUUGACUACUAGAUAUUCAUCAGGUACCGGAAAAAACAAACAUACUUCUCACCAUGACGUUACCUUUUUUCCUGUUCUUAAUCAACCUUUGUCCAGUAACCGGUACUACGCGAUUGAGCCACAUGGAAAACAUAAGGGGAAGGCAUAUGCUUGUUCAACGGAAGAAGACAUGAUUACUUGCUGUUUCGCUGAUGUAGUUAAAGAUGUAAAGCCAAGACCAUUUGACUCUCAUGACAUAUAUCAGCAAUUUGAGAUUGCUAAUUAUGAAACCGUAUGCGAUCAAGGGGGUAGUUUCUAUGCCAAAUCUGUGGCUCGGGAUGCUUUCCCUCCUCACUUUCUAAGGAGAAAAGGUUGGGAAAUCCAGACUAAAACCCCAAGAAACUACACACUAGGUGAGGCUCUGGGGACUGAUUCUACUCUUCGUGCACUCCUUCCUGGCUUGAACUUUCCACUGUCCUCGAAGAGUUCAGAAGCUGUAGUGGUGGGGAAAUGGUAUUGCCCUUUCAUGUUCAUUAAAGAGGGAAGGUUGACGUCAAGAGAUCAGAUGGCAGACUCAAUGUUUUAUGAGAUGACACUUGACAAAAGAUGGGAGCAGAUAUUUGAACGCGAGAUGAUUGAUCAUGGCAAUGUUGUAAUAGUUGAUGCAGUUGUUCAAAGAGAAGUUGUAUUGGUUGGAGGCAGGGAAGCUGUGUGGGAUGAGAAGAAUGUGGUUGAUAAUGCUAUAUGGUUUAUGAGUUUUGGGACUAAUGGAGAAGAAGUUAGUGUAGGAUUGAGUGUGGAAAUUGUUGAAAGAAUGAAAUGGGAGGAAGAAAGAGCUGGAUGGGUUGGUGGAGAUGAAAGAGUGAUGAGGGUUAAUAGAGUGGAGGAGUUUGGAGGAAGCGUCGAAGGAUGGAGGAAGUUGCGAUGCUUUGUCUUGGUGGAGAGGUUUCUGUUGAAGAGAAUGGAUGGAAGUGUGGUAAUGACUCGUGAAUUUAAGCAUACUCAUCAACUCAAGUGCCUGUGGGAGUGAAUUACGUUUGCCUGUUCUUUAUUUCUUGUGUUAUCUUUCUUUCUUUUUUUUUUAUAUAAGACAGUGUGUUAUCUGUUAGUUAUGUUUUGUAAAGAGAGAUUUUCAUUUCAGUCUUGGUUUUAUGUAUCAAAAAAGGAAAUCUUGAGGUCAUCCUCAUCCUUCGAUGAGGAUACUCCAAUGCACCAGCA